CUCCCUCUGCCGAUCAUCUCUCUCCGUCUGUACCUCUAUUCCAGCUCCACUAUCCCAAUCAUGGACCUCGCAGCGAGGUGCGCGUUCCUGCUCUCCAGCUUCGCCUUGCUCGCAGCGCUCGAUUUGGACGCGAUUGAUCCCGGCUACUAUGUGGAGACCAGCAGCUCCUCAGACGUGAUCGACUAUAAAGAUCCCUGCAAAGCCGUUGCCUAUCUCGGAGACAUUGCACUUGAUGAAGAGGACAUGCGCAUGUUUAAAGUGGACCGCAUCAUAAAUGUAGCGCAGCGAACCAUCACAAUUCUUAAUAACACUGAGACUGGUUCAGUAUCCAAUGAGACGAGUCCACACAACACUGCAUCCAAUCAAAGGUUGCGUCGCAGGAAGAGAGCAGCAACGUCCAGACCGGAGAGGGUGUGGCCUGAGGGUGUCAUUCCUUAUGUCAUCAGUGGAAACUUCAGUGGUAGCCAGAGAGCCAUAUUCAGACAGGCUAUGAGACAUUGGGAAAAACACACAUGCGUGACUUUCAUUGAGAGAACAACAGAGGAGAGUUACAUCGUCUUCACCUACCGGCCGUGUGGGUGCUGUUCGUAUGUUGGACGGAGAGGAGGUGGUCCUCAGGCAAUAUCUAUUGGGAAGAACUGUGACAAGUUUGGAAUUGUGGUGCAUGAGCUUGGUCAUGUGAUCGGAUUCUGGCAUGAGCACACGCGUCCCGACAGAGACGAUCACGUCGGUAUUAUACGGGAUAACAUUCAGCCAGGACAGGAGUACAACUUCCUGAAGAUGGAGCCUGGUGAGGUGGACUCACUCGGAGAGGUCUAUGAUUUUGACAGCAUCAUGCACUAUGCAAGAAACACGUUUUCCAGAGGGAUAUUCCUGGAUACCAUUUUGCCGCGAUAUGACGUGAACGGAGUUCGGCCUCCGAUCGGUCAGAGGACCAGAUUAAGCAAAGGAGACAUCGCACAGGCACGCAAACUUUACAAGUGUCCAAGAUGUGGAGACAGUUUGCAGGAGAGCAGUGGGAACUUCUCUUCUCCAGGGUUUCCUAAUGGUUAUUCAGCAUACAUGCACUGCAUCUGGAGAAUCUCUGUCACACCGGGAGAAAAGAUCAUUUUAAACUUUACCUCUAUGGAUUUAUACCGGAGUCAUUUGUGCUGGUACGAUCACGUGGAGAUCAGAGAUGGAUAUUGGAGGAAAGCACCGCUGAAAGGUCGAUUCUGUGGGGAUAAAUUACCCGAGCCCAUCAUUUCAACAGACAGUCGGCUGUGGAUUGAGUUUCGCAGUAGCAGUAACUGGGUUGGAAAAGGCUUCUCUGCCGUUUAUGAAGCUAUUUGCGGCGGAGAGGUGAAGAAAGACAACGGUCAGAUUCAGUCUCCAAAUUACCCAGAUGACUACAGACCCAACAAAGUGUGUGUGUGGAAGAUAACAGUGUCUCAGGGCUACCACGUAGGCUUGACCUUCCAGUCUUUUGAGAUCGAGAGGCACGACAACUGUGCAUAUGACUACCUGGAAGUCCGGGAUGGGAAUUCGGAAAGCAGUCCCCUGCUGGGCAGAUUUUGUGGUUAUGACAAACCCGAUGAUAUCAAAUCCAGCUCCAACCAGCUCUGGAUGAAAUUUGUGUCUGACGGUUCUGUAAACAAGGCUGGUUUUGCUGCUAAUUUCUUUAAAGAAAUGGAUGAAUGUUCGAGGCCUGACAACGGUCGCUGUGAGCAGCGUUGUGUUAACACACUCGGCAGUUACAAGUGCGCUUGUGACCCUGGUUAUGAGCUGGCCGCUGAUAAGCGAAGCUGUGAGGCUGCCUGUGGUGGUUUCAUUACCAAGCUGAACGGAUCCAUCACCAGCCCAGGUUGGCCCAAAGAGUAUCCGCCCAACAAGAACUGUAUAUGGCAGCUAGUGGCACCCACGCAGUACCGCAUCACCCUUCUGUUCGACGUAUUCGAGACGGAGGGGAACGAUGUGUGCAAGUAUGAUUUUGUUGAGGUGAGGAGCGGUUUGUCUGCCGACUCCAGGCUGCAUGGGAAGUUCUGCGGAGCUGAGAAACCGGAGGCCAUCACCUCCCAAUACAACAACAUGCGCAUCGAGUUCAAAUCUGACAACACUGUUUCCAAAAAAGGCUUCAAGGCUCAGUUUUUCUCAGAUAAAGACGAGUGCUCAAAGGAAAACGGCGGUUGUCAGCAUGAAUGCGUCAAUACUUUUGGCAGCUACAGUUGUCAGUGUCGAAGUGGCUUCGUACUGCAUGAGAAUAAACACGACUGCAAAGAAGCCGGCUGUGAUCACACUGUGAACAGUGUGAGUGGGACCAUCACCAGCCCCAACUGGCCAGAUAAAUACCCCAGUAAGAAAGCCUGCACCUGGGCUCUCUCCACUACACCAGGACACCGGAUUAAAAUAGCUUUUAAUGAAAUCGACAUGGAGCCUCAUUUAGAAUGUGCUUACGACCACAUUGAGAUUUACGACGGUCGGGAUGGGAAGGCGCCCAGCCUCGGCCGCUACUGUGGCACAAAGAAACCUCCACCAAUCUUAUCCAACGGCAACAAGAUGUUUAUACGUUUCUUCUCUGAUAACUCUGUGCAGAAGAAAGGCUUCGAGGCUUCCCAUACUGCAGAGUGUGGAGGCCGUCUGAAAGCGGAGGUCAAAACUAAAGACCUUUACUCACACGCCCAGUUUGGGGAUAAUAACUACCCUGGAGCAUCGGACUGCCAGUGGGUGAUCUCAGCAGAGAAGGGUUAUGGAGUGGAGCUCAUCUUCCAGACCUUUGAAAUUGAGGAGGAGGCUGAUUGUGGCUAUGAUUACAUGGAGCUGUUUGACGGGGCGGAUGUCAAGUCGCCCAGACUGGGCCGCUACUGUGGAUCAGGGCCUCCAGAAGAGAUCUAUUCUGCUGGCGACUCCAUUGUCAUCAAAUUCCGCUCAGACGACACCAUCAACAAGAAGGGCUUCCAUGUGCGUUACACAAGCACCAAGUUUCAGGACACACUUCACUCCCGUAAGAAGUGACCCCUAGUGGCCGGGAGGGGCCGUGCAGGGCCCAGGGGGAAGCGAAAGGGCCCCAGGGGGAGGGUCUCGGCCAUCGCUCGGAGCCCCCCGGCCGCCAAGAACACCCAGACUCGACGGACCAGCCGCAAGAACGCCAACCGCACCUCAGCAGAUCACAGGGGCUCUGGCAUCCCCUACUUACUGUGAGGAGUAAAGCCAUUCCGCAGUAGACCUUGUUUUUACCUUUUGAAUUUUAAUUAUUACGUUUGGGGCAAGAUGGGGAGGGGGGUGGAAUGUAUUCAAUUGAUGGAUACUUUAGGGAUAACGGGCAAAAACAAAGGGAAUUAUGGUAUGUGAGGGUGGGUAGGGUGGGCGGAUCACCCCAUGGAACCCUUUCCGCGUUUUUUCUUUAAUGAGCCAAGAGCGACGAACACGAAUACACUGAGGACCUCCUGCAGGACAACCAAGCAGCCAAACCUUCAUCAAGCCAGUCAUCUAUACAACAGUGGGAUAGGGUUGAAGAACAGAGUAGGGCAUUCCUCGCAGGUUUUAAAACCUUGAAACAAGAUUACCACUGCACUGUGGGGAACGACUGGCAUGUUAUUGGCAUUGCUUGCCUUGUUGGCCAUACUGGGCUGUUUUCAUAUACAGCACAUGAAUGACACUGUACAGUGUAUGUCAAAGAUAUAAGCAGUACACAAAGAGGAAAUGUGGAUGUAAUGGCACCAGCAUCUGUGAUACAAUUAUUCCUGGCCAGUAAUCCAAAAGGUCCCCUGCCCAAUAUAAUCGUACUCUAGGACACAGAUAUUAUAUUAAAAGUCUAAUAAACAAAACAUGCCCCACGUCUGGCUGUUUAUUACUUUUGCCAAAAAGAAGAAAAGUUAUUGUGAAAGAAAUAUCCGUUCAAGUACAGACAUCUUCCAGGUCCUGAUCCUAUAAAUGCUGUACUUCCCUCUUUUAAACCAUAUAGUUAUUUACAUGUAUUGGUCACAGUCCGACGCUAAAAUGUUAUACUCUGUUGUCCAUUGUGUAACUAACAUGUCAUGAAAUGAAAUCUGCACUGUAAAAAAAAUUGGUUCAACUUUAAAAAGUAAGAAACCUGGUUUAUUCUGCUUAAAUUUACGAGUUGUCACAACAAUUGUUUUGAUUUAACUAAAACAAAAAUUUUAAGGCAACCAGGUAACCCACUUUUUUUUAAGUUGAAUCAACAAAUCAUUUUUACAGUGUGGGUGUAUGGAUCUUGGUCAGGGUAGAUUGUAAAUGGAGAGAUAAAGUAUAUUUAAUCUGUCGUAUUGAAGCACAAUUUCCACACAAUUUUACAACAAAAUUACAGAAUCGGUCACUGGGACAGUACCCUUUAUAAAACUACACCUUCAUACCUAAGAGGUGCGUAUUAGUACACUGUAAAAAAAAACUUAAAUCAACUUAAAAAAAUACUUCAGUUGGUAACACCUAAAAAUUUGUUUUUAUUAGUGAAAAAUUAAGUGAAAAAUACUAAGUUGAAAAACUUCCAAUUUAAGUAAUUUUUUAAGUUGAUUCAACUUUUCAUUUUUUACAGUGUACCUAAAAUGUACAUAUUUACGGAGCCCCUAAGGGGACAUGGAGCAAAAAUUUAGUUUUAGUUUAGUUUGUGAAACUAUCGCGUGCGCACGUGAAACUAUCGCGUGCUCACGUGAAACUAUCGCGUGCUCACGUGAAACUAUCGCGUGCGCACGUGAAACUAUCGCGUGCUCACGUGAAACUAUCGCGUGCGCACGUGAAACUAUCGCGUGCGCACGUGAAACUUUCUCGUGCGCACGUGAAACUACCGCGUUUUGUUUCGUGUGCGCAAGUGAAACUACCGUGUUUAGUUUAGAAACUUUCACUUUCACGUGCGCACGCGAUAGUUUCACGUGCACGCACAAAGGUUUCACGUGAGCAUGCAAAACUAAACUUUAAAAAAAAUUCUGCACAUGAAAGUUUCACGUGAGCACAUGAAACUAAACUUUAGAUUUUUUUUACUCCAAUGUCACCUUAGGGGCUCGGUACAUAUUGGUACCUCAGAUACAUAUCUGAACUAUAAAAAGUGAAAAGUUGGUUCAAGUUAAAAAGUACUUCAGUUGGUAACACCUAAAAAAUUGUUUUUAUUAGUGAAAAAUUAAGUGAAAAUACUAAGUUGAAAAACUUCCAAUUUAAGUAAUUUUUAAAGUUGAUUCAACUUUUCAUUUUUUACAGUGUACCUAAAAAGUACAUAUUUACGGAGCCCCUAAGGGGACAUGGAGCAAAAAUGUAGUUUUGCGUGCGCACGUGAAACUAUGCGCACGUGAAACUAUCGCGUGCGCACGUGAAACUAUCGCGUGCGCACGUGAAACUAUCGCGUGCGCACGUGAAACUAUCGCGUGCGCACGUGAAACUAUCGCGUGCUCACGUGAAACUAUCGCGUGCUCACGUGAAACUAUCGCGUGCGCACGUGAAACUAUCGCGUGCUAACGUGAAACUAUCGCGUGCGCACGUGAAACUAUCGCGUGCGCACGUGAAACUAUCGCGUGCGCACGUGAAACUACCGCGUUUUGUUUCGUAUGCGCAAGUGAAACUACCGUGUUUAGUUUAGAAACUUUCACGUGCGCACGCGAUAGUUUCACGUGCACGCACAAAGGUUUCACGUGAGCAUGCAAAACUAAACUUUA